AUGAAUUUAAUGAAGAGGUCUGUUGUAAAGGAAGCUACCUAUACAGUUUGCUUGAAUGAAAAUGAAACUGUCUGUCAUGCCUUAUGGAGUUGCAGGGGGGCAAGUGAUGUAUGGGCUUGUGAGAGGAGUCCAGUGCAUAAAUGGUUGAGUGGGGAAAGGGGCAUGUUUGAGCUCUGGUCAGACUGGUUUCUAAAGCUGUCUCGAUAUCAAUUAGAAAUUAUGGCUGUGGUAAUGAGGAGGAUAUGGCUGAGAAGGAAUGGCUUGGUGUUUGAUAAUAAGCUUGUAGGGCCAAAUGAAGUGUUUAACCAAGCUGUUCAAUGUUUGACAGAUUUUCAGUUGGCUCAAGUGAAGCAAACCAGUAAAGCAAACAGUGGUGUUCCUAUAAGCAACAAGGCUACUCAUUGGAAACCACCUCUGGGUGAAGUAUUGAAGGUUAAUUGGGAUGUAGCAUGGAAGACUAAGGAAGACAGGAGUGGAAGUGGGGUGGUGAUCCAAGACAAUAGUGGGGAAAUAAUUGCUUCUCUCUGCUGUCCUAGAACAAAGGUGCAAGAUGCAAUGGUAGCUGAGGUGUAUGCACUAUAG